AUGUCAAACUACCCUCCACCGGGCGGCCCCCCACCAUACUAUAACUAUCCACAUCCACCGGCACCCGGGACCUUCACCUACGUGCCUACGCCAGUCAUGAUGCCGGUAUAUCCGCCAACACACGCUGAUCCACAGCAGCUGCCCCCCUACGGCACCAAUCAUAUCUACCAUCCACCAGUCCAAGCAUCUCCUGAACCGGUAGUCGUUAUUCAAGAUUCUGGACCGGUGAUAGACUGGGUACCGACAACACCAAAUGAAGCCAGCUCCUUAACGGGCCGAGCGGUGGUCGCUGGUAAAGAGGGCUGGGAUAGUAGUCCACUGUGGAUCAUCAGAGCUCACCAUAACGGGGAGCUUGUGCCUGGAAAGCUGGCCGUUCAACAUCGCUCUGCAUACAUACCAUACUGUGGAAAAGAAGUACCUGUACAUAAUUUUGAGGUUCUCUGUGCGCCUCCUAAUGCCGUGCGCUGGCUGCCUGCAAGCAAUGGACAGGUCCCACCAGGAGCAAUAGCGGCUGGAAAUACGCACAACGCCGAGCCUCUGUACAUCGGAAGAGUACCACACAUGCGCUCUAUCACACCAGGAAAGAUACAUCCCAGCCACGGUUGCUGUUACAUAUCUUUCAGCGGUAGCGAAGUAUCAUACCAGCAGUACGAAGUUCUCUGUAGCAUUGUUGGUUGA